AUGGUCGAUGAUGGUGUACAAGAAGUUGUAGUAGAUAACCUGUCGGCUGAAGAAUGGCUAUCUCGUGCACAGGGACUUGUUCCGGUGGCAAUAGAGAAGGCACGGGAGGUUAAAGGUUUCCCGGGUAGGUGGAAGAUGAUAAUCGAAAAACUGGAUCAGAUUCCCUCACGAUUAUCGGACUUUUCUUGCCAUCCUUGCUUUUCGAAAAAUGCGCUUUGUAUAGAGCAAUUGCUAGGUGUUUUGAAGACAUUGAAUAAAGCAAUUGAGCUUGCGGAUUUGUGCGUGAAACUGAAGUACGAAGGGAAACUUCAAAUGCAAAGUGAUCUCGAUGCACUAUUGGGGAAUCUGGAUUUGAAUUUACGAGAUUGUGGGCUCUUGAUCAAAACCAAAGUGCUCGGUGAGGUUACUUUGCCAUUGACCGCAGGAAGCACUUCGACCGAACCGGAAGCUGCAAGUCUUGGCAAUGUACGAGAAUUGCUUGCGAGACUUCAGAUUGGUCACUUGGAGGCUAAACAUAGAUCUCUUGACAACCUUGUUAAAGUCAUGAAAGAGGACGAGAAGAGCUUGCUGGCCGUUCUGGGACGAACCAAUAUUGCAGCAUUAGUUCAAUUGCUUACAGCUACUUCUCCUCGAAUCAGAGAAAAAACCGUGACUGUCAUUUGUUCUCUCGUAGAAUCUGGAAAUUACGAGAAUUGGCUUGUUUCUGAAGGCGUUCUUCCUCCCCUUAUACGGCUAGUUGAAUUUGGUAGUGCUGUAAGUAAAGAGAAGGCUACAAUUUCUCUCCAGAGGUUGUCCAUUUCAUCAGAAACAGCUCAUUUGAUAGUCGGGCAUGGUGGGGUUGGGCCUCUGGUUGAGAUCUGUCGAACUGGUGAUUCUGUUUCACAAGCAGCCGCAGCUUGUACCUUAAAAAAUAUUUCUUCCGUGCCAGAGGUUCGACAAACACUAGCUGAAGAAGGGAUUAUUAAGGUGAUGAUCAAUCUUCUUGAUUGUGGAAUUCUAUUGGGAUCUAAAGAGUAUGCAGCAGAAUGCUUGCAAAAUCUCACAUCCACCAAUGACAACCUCCGAAGGUCUCUAAUCGAAGAAGGUGGGAUAAGAAGCCUGUUAGCUUAUUUAGACGGUCCACUGCCUCAAGAAUCUGCGGUCGGGACGUUGAGAAAUUUGGUCGGUUUUAUCUCAAACGAAGUUUUCAUUUCGUUAGGCAUUGUCCAGAGGUUGGUGCAAGUACUUAAAUCGGGGUCUCUUAUCUCGCAGCAAGCAGCAGCUUCAGCGAUUUGUCGAAUCUGCAGCUUGACUGAAAUGAAAAAACUAGUAGGAGAAACGGGAUGCAUUCCUCUUCUUGUAAGAAUGCUGGAGGCUAAAGCUAAUGAUGCAAGGGAGGUUGCUGCACAAGCAAUUUCUAGCUUGAUGACCUAUUCUUGUAAUAGGAGAGAAGUAAAACGAGACGAUAAGAGCGUGCCAAAUCUCGUCGCAUUGCUUGAUCCGAGCCCCCAAAACACGGCCAAAAAAUAUGCUGUUUCCUGCCUUUCGUUGCUCUCCUCGAGCAAGAAAUGCAAGAAGCUGAUGAUUUCGUAUGGGGCUAUUGGUUAUCUCAAGAAGCUUAACGAGAUGGAGAUUCCAGGAGCCGAGAAACUCAUCGAGCGUCUGGAAAGAGGGAAAUUGAAAAGCCUCUUUAGCAAGUAG